AUGACAACAAUCACUGUCCCUACAUUCGCGGUCAAUCUAAACCAUACGGAAUACUCUGCUUCAUCUGUUCGCCAAACAAAACAAAUCGAGACCUCACAAGAAUUUACGCUCAUCAUGACAUCCCUACUCGACCUGCCCACCGAAAUCCGACUUCAGAUAUGGUCAUACGUUGUCCAGCCGACCAUCAUUUACCCUUGUAGGUGUGGCAGAAGGUGCACGACGACGCAGAACCUGCCUUCUCGCGAUGACAGCUGCUGCAGACCGCCGAUGACAUAUGAGCUUUGCGACAACCGCAUCUUGCGUGUCAAUCAUCUGAUCUUCGCCGAAGCUCAACCGCUCGUUGACAAGGCCGGGAAAGAUCGCGUCUUUGUGCUCUGCGACAACUUGAGCAUCGACAAAUUCUUCCAAGGUCUUGACCGAAGAGAUUGGAAAUGGGUCAAACACGUCACGGCCGAACUGUUCAUUGGCUGGGGAAAAGACUGUAAAGACGACUGGUUCUUGACCCAAAGUCACAGAUGGGCAAAACGAUAUGUCGCCGGAUCACUCAGCAAAUAUUGCCAGGGGAGGGAAGUGAGUGUCCAGCCAGCCGAAGAGAUCAAGGAAGACUCCAAUGGAAGACGGACGUUGAAGGUGGAUGUUUACCUCUCAUGA